UGCAUUUUGAGUAACUACGAGGAAGAGGAAGGAAUCCCUGAAGACCUUAAGCAAGAUGUACUCCCUCAGUUACCAGAAGCCCACAGCUCAGACACGGGGCCAGCUAGUCUGCAGAGGCAGCAGAAGGAAGCCUGUGAUAACCCCCCUCACCAGAAAAGAGGUUCCAGGAAACCUACCCUCAUCUCCGAUGGCCAGAAACCACCCACAGAAGAGAAACCCUACAAGUGUACACAAUGUGGGAAGGGCUUUAAGGGGCGCCCCAGGCUCCUGAACCACCUGCAAACCCACACGAGAGAGCGGAUGUUUGAGUGUGUAGAAUGUGGGAAGAGCUUCAGCAGGAAGGCCAGCCUGGUCGUGCACCGGAGAGUCCAUACAGGGGAGAAGCCCUACAAGUGCAAGGAAUGUGAGAAAACCUUUGGCCGUGCCUCAAACCUUACUGCUCACCACAAAACCCACACAAAAAAGAAAGCCUUUUCCUGCACCACAUGCAGAAAAAGCUUCAGUGGAAGUGCAGCUCUCUUCCACCAUCAGAAAGUCCAUAUGGAUGAGAAGCCCUUUAGGUGUACCGAGUGUGGAAAUAGCUUCCGUCUGUGCUCCAACUUCAUCAAACAUCAGUGGAUUCAUUUAAGAGAGAAACCCAGUGAACAGACAGCAGAUGCAAACUGUUCUGAAUUUACAUCUCUGCAUCAUAAAGAAGAGCAAAGGUGUGGUGCAGGAAAACCUGAGACGGAUCACUUGAAUCUUGUUCUUGAAGAGCGUAAGUAG